AUGAAUCCUGCUGUUUCCAAUAUCGUCAUCAUGCUUGUUUUGAUGCAAGUAGCCAAAAAAUUAGAUUUUGAAGAUCCAACUGUUUUGUUCUACACCAGAGCCGCUUAUAUUGGAUGUCAAGUUUUAACAUUUUUGAUUUACUUCUUGGUUAGAUACAAGAUUAAUGCCAAGAAUGACUUGACCACUUUAAAAUACGUUGAACCAGCUAACCCAAUGUCUGGUCAAACCGAACCAAGAGCUGUUGUCACCACUGUUAAGGAAUACGAUUUACAACAAGUCAACCAACAAAUUAAAGGUAUAUUUACAGGAUUAGCCAUGAUGGGAUUUAUGCAUUUAUACAUGAAAUAUACCAACCCAUUGUUUAUGCAAAGUAUUUCAUCUUUGAAAAGUGCCUUGGAAUCAAACAUUGUCAAAAUUUAUUUAUUUGGUGUUCCAGCUUCUGGUGAUUUGAAAAGACCAUUCAAAUCAGCUCCAGGAUUCUUAGAAGCAUUAACUGGUGCUGGUGGUGUUCAAACCGAUAAAGCCUCUGUUGAAAGCGCUGAAACCGCUGGUGCUGGUGGUAUUAAACAAGAUUAG